CUCCCCGCCAUCCCAUCUCAUCCGUCCACGUGGUUCCAUCCGACCGCCCACCCCACCCUAGACAUCUAUAUCUUCUUCUCCUCGCCACAUUCUUUCUUCUCCUCGCCACUCCUACCUUCACUACGCACCAUUUCCUCCCCCAUUUUCUUGCUUCCCUCUUUUCAUCUUCAAUCAAUCAAUUUCUCUCCCUUCUGAAAUUCUCUAUCUAGCGCCAUGCUUCUGAGAGCUGCUCCUGCUUUCUCUAUCUCGAGCUCUAAUGGUGGAGAAAACAGCCCGAGCCCCUUUACCUCCUCUGUUUCAUCUUCGUCUCUUUCUUUAAACUCUUCGUCUUCUUCUUCUUCUUUUUCGUCUGUUCUUCGGGUUCCGCAUGCGAAGGGCGCGAAUGGGUUCGUGGUCUGCUCGUCGAAGGGCGCCAACACCCGGCCACUCACCGGCGUCGUCUUUGAGCCCUUCGAAGAGGUGAAGAAGGAGCUCCUUCUCGUCCCGUCCGUUCCCCAAGCCUCGCUUGCUCGCCAGAAGUACACCGACGAGUGCGAAGCCGCAAUCAACGAGCAGAUCAAUGUGGAGUACAACGUUUCGUAUGUGUACCAUGCCAUGUAUGCCUAUUUCGACAGGGACAACGUCGCCCUCAAGGGUCUUGCAAAGUUUUUCAAAGAAUCGAGUCUGGAGGAAAGGGAACAUGCCGAGAAAUUCAUGGAAUACCAGAACAAACGAGGUGGAAAAGUGAAGCUGCAAUCCAUACUGAUGCCUCUUUCUGAGUUCGACCAUCCGGAGAAGGGGGAUGCUCUGUAUGCGAUGGAGCUUGCGUUAUCUCUGGAGAAGUUGACAAAUGAAAAACUUCUAAAUUUGCACAGCGUAGCCUGUCGAAACAAUGAUGCCCAGUUGGCUGAUUUUGUAGAAAGCGAGUUUCUAACUGAGCAGGUGGAAGCAAUUAAGAAAAUAUCAGAGUAUGUUGCUCAGCUGCGAAGAGUAGGCAAAGGACAUGGUGUGUGGCACUUCGAUCAGAUGCUUCUCGGAGAAGCAGGAGCUGCAGCAGCAGCAGCAGUUGCCGCAGCAUGAUGAACGACUAUUUACAUUCGCAGUCUUGUUUCUUUGUCUUUGAUUUUUUCCCGGUUGUAUUGUUUCUUAUCUUCUAUAAAUUUUUGUGUCAAGAGAACUUGUGGUGGAUGAUGGGUAUGGUGGACGAGGGGUAACUAUUUGGAACUUCAAGGAUGGAUAGGUGUUUUGAUUAAAUGUGGUAGCAGGGGGAGUGAACUGAAAUUUAGAAUUAAAAGGUUUGCAUGGGAGAUACCUUUUCA